AUGGCAGCGUUUGUGGCGGAGGCGCUGAACGGCCGGGUCCCUCAGAGGAAGUCGUGGCGAAGAAGCUGCUUCCAGGCCCCGCGCGCGCCUCUCCAGGUGCCCGUCCCGCUCCCGCGGCGCCUUCGUCCGGGAGGCUCUUCGCGGCGGCCGGACCCGGCCGACUUCCCUUCCAGCCGAGGCGCCUCCUUCCGCUCAGCGCCGCGCGGCUCCGUUCGGGACGUGUCCGCGCCUCCGCGACCACCGGAGCCACUUCGGGGCGAUGCUGGGGCCGCCGGUGAGUGCGCGGCGCAGCGGCCGCGUCUCGGUCCCCGGGCGCCGCCGCCCUCCGUCCCGGGCCGCCUCGUGGGGCCCGCGCGCCCAGGACACGCGGGGGCCGCCGAGGGGCCCGGGCGCCGUCAUAGGCACUCGCAGCCCGCGGCGCAGCAGCCCGGCCGGCACACGCACACGCGCACCGCGCACCCGCGGCCCACGCGGACCCCUGCUCGGGGCGGCGGCGGCGGGGGGCGAGCGGGCCGCCUCGGGGGAGGGCCCCGGGGGGCGGAGGGCGCCCCGAGGGCGGGCCGGCGGCCGGCGCGGGCGCGGGGCUGCGCGGACCGGCCCGAGGAGCUUCUGGAGCAGCUGUACGGGCGACUGGCGGCCGGCGUGCUCGGCGCCUUCCACCACACGCUGCAGCUGGGCCCGCGCGAGCAGGCGCGCAACGCCAGCUGCCCGGCCGGGGGCAGGCCCGCCGACCGCCGCUUCCGGCCGCCCACCAACCUGCGCAGCGUGUCUCCCUGGGCCUACAGGAUCUCCUACGACCCCGGCCGCUUCCCCAGGUACCUGCCCGAGGCCUACUGCCUGUGCCGGGGCUGCCUGACCGGGCCGCGCGGGGAGGAGGAUGUGCGGCUGCGCAGCGCCCCAGUGCUCGUGCCCGCGGUGGUCCUGCGCCGGACCCCGGCCUGCGCGGGCGGCCGCGCCGUCUAUACCGAGGAGUACGUCACCAUCCCCGUGGGCUGCACCUGCGUGCCCGGGCCAGACAAGGAUGCAGACGGCGCCAACUCCAGCCUGGACAAGCCGGCCCGGCCCUGAGCACCCAUCCCCAAUCCGGGGACCCCGAGGAAACUCGGACGGAGCACCCAGCGCUGGACUGGACUGGACUGCGUGUGAGCCUGACCUCCUGCAUCCCCCAGGCUUCCUCUUCGGCAGGAGCGCAGGGCGGUGAAAGGUGGCGGGAACCAACCACGUCGCAGCCCUGUGUGGGCGGCCCAAGGCUGGGGCCACCACAGGUGACCCGCUUCGCCAGAGUUCAUUGAGGC